AUGGCGUCAACUUCGGUACUGCGUUUUGCUGCACGCACUCCUUCAACUCCUUUCUUCAGACCCGCUCUUCGACCAGCGAGAAGAGCUCCUGUUGCUGCACUUGCGACUUCGUUAGGAUCUGCCAAAGCUGGAUUUGGCAGCACAAGUGCUAGGAGAAGCAGCGGACACGAGGAAGAAACAUUUGAAGAGUUCACUGCUAGAUAUGAGAAGGAGUUCGACGGUGUACAAGACGUCUUCGAGCUUCAGAGAAAUCUAAACAACGCAUUCGCUUACGAUCUCGUCCCAUCACCCACAGUCAUAGUUGCUGCGCUUAAAGCCGCAAGACGAGUUAAUGACUUCCCCACCGCCGUUAGAAUAUUUGAAGGAAUCAAACACAAAGUCGAAAAUAAGCACCAAUACCAAGAAUACCUCGACGAGCUGAAGGGCCUACGAGAAGAGCUAGGAGUCAAUCUAAAGGAGGAUCUAUACCCAGAAGGAUCAGACAGCCCAUACUUCAACCCGUAA